GCCCAGCAAUGUCAAUAUCAGUACUGAGGGAAUAUUGGGAUACGCGGUAAGUAUUCAGCAAUUUUUAUUUUGAUUGACCUACAAAGAGAAUUUUUACGUUGAAGAGAGAUGUCGAACGUCUACGACCACUGGGAGAGAUUGGUGGGAGCUGUGAUCCGGAGAGAGGAACUAUGGCGAAUGUUUCAUGAUCAGAGCCCAAGUGUCAGCUCUAUACCAUCUGAUUGCAGUUUGGAUUCUCAAGUCCUUGAUGUGCCUUUUGAUUUUUCAAGCCCUCGAAGUUCAUCUUCGUAUCAGCAGCUACCUCCAUCCGCAGUUGAAAACUUGCAAAAGAAAGAAAAAUCUGCCGAAAAGGAGGUUUCUAAGCUGAAACUAGUCAUAAAAGUAGAAGUACAUGAUGAGAAGGAGAAACGGAAGGCCAUGAAAGCAGUUUCUCGCCUUGGAGGGAUCGAAUCUCUGGCUAUAGACAUGAAGGAGAAGAAAUUAACAGUAGUUGGAGGUUUUGAUCCAGUUCAAGUUGUGAGCAAAUUGAGCAAAUCAUGGUACACAGAAAUUCUAACGGUUGGUCCAGCAAAAGAACCUGAAAAGAAAAAAGAAGAAGGAAAGAAGGAUGAUGCCAAUAAAGGAAAAAAUGGCAAGAAUCGGGCUCCAUUAGACUGGGAAACGCGACUGAGAAUUGCAUUGGGUGCAGCAAAGGGUAUAGCACACAUUCACAAGCAAAGUAGUGGGAAGCUUGUCCAUGGAAACAUAAAAUCAUCAAACAUUUUCCUUAAUUCACAACAGUAUGGCUGUGUGUCUGAUCUUGGCUUGGCAAGCAUGAUUCAAUUACCAGUCAUGCGAACUGCUGGGCACCAUGCCCCAGAAGUCAAGAACACCCGAAAUGUGUCCCAAGCGUCUGACGUAUAUAGCUUUGGAAUCCUUGUGCUUGAACUUCUCACUCGAAAGUCCCCUUUACACGCCAUAGGUGACAAUGAGGUUCUCGAUCUAGUCAAAUUGGUUAAUUCUCUCAAUGGUAAGGAGCGAACUGCUGAUGUGUUUGAUGUGGAGAUCUCGAGAAACCGUAACAAGGAACAAAGGGUAAAGAUGUUGGAAAUAGCGAUGAGUUGUGUUGCAAAAAACCCAAGUAAAAGACCUAAAAUGGACCAAGUAGUGAAGAUGAUGGAGGUCAUUUGGAAGAUGAUGGAGGACAUUACUAAGUCAUAUGAAAGAAAUCAACUACAACCGAAGCUUGUAUUUAAUGAGGGUCGUAAUCUUGAUUUUGGCCUUGAAGAUUUGUUGCGGGCUUCUGCAGAGGUUCUCGGGAAGGGAACAUUUGGGACUUCAUAUGAGGCAACAUUAGAUAAUGGAAUUACAAUUGUGGUAAAGACAUUGAAGGAUGUUAUCGUUACGAGUAAAGAAUUUCAGCAACAAAUGGAGGUCAUUGGAAGAAUGAAGAACGAAAGUGUUGCUACAUUAAUGGCAUACUACUACUCGCGUGAUUAUAAGCUUGUGGUGUAUGAUUAUUAUGGUGCGGGGAGUGUAUCUUCCAUGCUACAUGGACAAUUUGGCAAGGGUAAAAUUUCUUUAGAUUGGGAAACUCGACUAAGAAUUGCAGUAGGGGCAGCAAGGGGUAUUGCUCACAUCCACUCACAAGUUGGCCAGAAUCUUGUACAUGGAAAUGUAAAAACCUCAAAAUAUUUUCUUACUGCUCAAGGAUAUGGCUGUGUUUCAGAUGUCGGAUUGGCAACAUUAGUUAGUACAACCUCGGUGCUACAUAGUCGUUCAUCAGGGUAUCGCGCCCCAGAAGUCGUGGAUACCAAGAAAUUGUCCCAAGCUUCUGAUGUCUAUAGCUUCGGCGUCGUGCUUCUCGAACUUCAUACUGGAAAGCCAACUAUACUUUAUGAAGAUAAUGAAAAGGCCAGUCAGCUAGUGAGGUGGGUUGCUUCUGUUGUUCGUGAGGAUUGGACUGCAGAAGUGUUCGAUAUCGAGUUGUUGAGGUAUCAAAAUAUAGAGAAAGCAAUGGUGGAGGUUUUGCAGAUAGCGUUGUAUUGUGUUGAAAGUGUUCCCAAGCAUAGACCAAAAAUGUCAGAGGUAGUGAGUAUGUUAGAGGAUAUCAGCCGAAGAAACUCGGCAGCCUAGGAUUAGCUGAAAAGAGCUCAUUGCCUAAACCGUUACCAG